AAUACCUUCACAGAAGUUAAAUACAACUUCUGAGAACUAUUUGCAUCUCAACCUCCCAAUGAAGCAAUCUGCAGAGCUAGUGUUCAUCCCAUCACCAGGCAUUGGCCACCUCGUGUCAACGGUGGAGGUCGCAAAGCUCCUGGUUCGAGAUGACCAACUCUCCAUCACCGUCCUCAUCAUAAAGUUUCCGUUCAGCUCAGACCCCAUUGAUCACUACAUUGAGUCCUUCGCGGACUCUCCCAUAUCACAGCGGAUCAAGUUCAUCAACCUACCACAGCAAAACAUCGACAUGCAAGGUAAUAGGACCAUCAACUUCUUCAACUUCAUUGACAAUCAGCAGACCCACGUUAGAAAUGUUGUCGCCAAACUCAUCGAGUCCAAGCCCAAGACUCGACUCGCCGGGUUUGUCAUUGACAUGUUCUGUACCGCCAUGAUCAACGUCGCCAACGAAUUUGCAGUGCCUACCUUCGUGUUCUUCACGUCCAGCGCGGCCUCGCUCGGGCUAAUGUUCCACCUUCAAACACUUCGUGACGAUCACAACCAGAACUGUAUUGAGUUCAAGGACUCGACUGCAGAGUUGGUGAUUCCAAGUUUCAUUCACCCCUUGCCUGCUGCUAAAGUUCUACCCGGUAUACUUUUUGAAAAGGAGGGCGGUGACGGAUUCGUCAACUUGGCGAAAAGGUUUAGAGAUGUCAAGGGUAUUUUGAUAAACACAUUCUCGGAGCUGGAGUCGCAUGCACUUCUAUCUCUUAGCUCUGACGGUAAGAUCCCACCGGUGUAUCAUGUAGGACCCGUACUCAACGUGGAGAGCGAUGAGAAGAACGACCAAGUGGAUUCGAAGCAGUCGAAGGAGAAGUCUGAAAUCAUGAAAUGGCUCGAUGAUCAGCCUCCGUCGUCUGUAGUGUUUUUGUGCUUCGGGAGCAUGGGAAGCUUCAGAGAAGAGCAGGUGAAAGAGAUUGCCCGUGCAUUAGAGCACGGUGGGUUUCGGUUUUUGUGGUCACUACGUCAACCACCACAAGAGGGAAAGGUCCUUCCCAGCGAUUAUGUCAAUCACGAAGGGGUGUUACCGGAAGGCUUCCUUGAUCGAACGGCGGGAGUCGGAAAAGUUAUAGGGUGGGCGCCACAAGUUCCGAUCUUAAGGCAUCCAGCGGUGGGAGGUUUCGUCUCCCAUUGUGGAUGGAAUUCCACCCUCGAGAGCUUGUGGUUUGGAGUGCCGGUGGCCACCUGGCCCUUAUAUGCCGAGCAACAACUAAAUGCAUUCAAGUUAUUGAAGGAACUAAGGAUAGCCGUGGAAAUUGAUAUGAGUUACAGAAAGGAUGGCCCAGUUGUUGUGAGUUCACAGAAAAUUGAGAGCGGAAUAAAGGAUUUGAUGGAGCUCGACAGUGAUACAAGGAAAAGGGUGAAACAAAUGAGUGAUAAUGGCAAGAAGGCUUUGAUGGAUGGGGGGUCAUCUUAUGCUUCGUUGGGACAGUUUCUUGAUCAAAUUUAAAUUAUGGGCUCAUCUUUGGAAUAAAAAAGCUGCUUUGACAUGUAAUUUUCUACUAUGUCAUGGAAUCUUUACCAUUUAGUGUGUCAUAUUGUUCGUACAUCAAACUCAUUUUGUUCCUCACCAAUUUUAUGAUAUUUAGUUACCAUUGCACUGUUCA